GUGCUGACCUCUCAGGACCCUGUGAGUCAUGAGGACGUUCCUCUUUCUUUUUGCUGUUUUCUUCCUUCUGGCCCCAGCCAGGAAUGCAUUUUUUGAUGAGAAAUGCUUCAAGCUUAACGGGAAGUGCGUGCAUUCUUGCCAGAAAAAUGAAGAACUGGUGGCUCUCUGCCAGAAUUUUCUGAAAUGCUGCCUGACACUCCAGCCAUGUUGGAUGAGUAAAGAUGAUAAAUCUGAAGACUCUGGCUUUCUGGAGGGAUAUAAAUGACCUAGUUUUUUUUGUUGUUGUUGUUUUGUUUUGUUUUGUUUUUUUACUCUGGCUUCUUCAGUGAGAAUAUACUUCAAUAAAAAUAAAUGACUAUCUUU